AUGUCGACGGAAGCAGGAAUAACCUCAUCCAUCGUCGCCACCACCCUUGAUGGUGGUUCCACGACGAGCUCAGUAGCAACAUCUGUCACGCUCAAGCCUUCGUCUGUUUCUAAACUCAGCCCUAUCGCUAGAGCGGCUAGAGGAAAAGAGAUAACAGGACUCAAGAUUUUUCAAAGAUCGCCGGACGACACGACGGCAGCCAGAGCAAUGGAACUUAUUUCAGAGAUGAACGCAGACAUCCCCACUGGAGGCACGGACAUAGCAUAUGGGGAGAGAGAUUCUCAUCGAAUCCGUUUCUGGAAAGCCAAAUCAAGUAGGGCUCCAUUAGUCCUCUUUGUCCAUGGCGGUAGUUGGCAAGUGGGGACAUAUCUGGACUCAGUUGGCUCAGCCAAAGUUGGCCAUUUGACCUCCAGAGGUUAUGCAUUUGCUACCGUCAACUAUACACUCAUACCGUCGGUGAAAGUCGAGGAGCAAGUGCAGGAGGUGGCUAACUCGUUGAGCUACCUGGUCAAGAAUGCGAGCAAACUUGACUUAGAUUCCGAAAGAGUCAUUUUGAUGGGCCAUAGUUCUGGCGCACACGUUGCUACCUUACUGGGCACGGAUACGAGCUAUUUAGCGAGGGCAGGGAUGAGUAUCGAUAUCGUGCGAGCUGUCAUAUCCUUGGAUGGCUCGAACUAUAAUGCAAUGGCGGAGAUUACGGAUAGUCCGGGCCCGGUAGCGGAAAACCUGAUUUAUGGACUCGGUACUGACCCGAAGCGGCUACGUGCCAUGUCACCUACAUACAACGCGCGUGCGCCUAAUGCUCGCGCAUUCUUACUCCUCCAUGUGCUGAGGCAGGGUGACAUUCGCCAAGUUGUCGAGUUUGCGGCGGCACUGAACGCUGCAGGUACCGACGCUGAUAUACACGUAUUCGAGGGCCAAAGUUUCGAGGGCCACAUGCAAAUGCUUCUGCGGCUUGGCGACUCAAAAUAUCCGGCGACAUUAGUGAUGGAUGACUGGCUCAAUAAACACGUUCCAGUAGCCUAG